CUUUCUUCCAGCAGACUGCUCUCACGCCAGCUCCUGGCUAAUAUAUUGUUACUUGGUUCAACUCGGACAUCGCCGAGCUUUUUUAUAACUACUUUCUCGUCCCUCUGGUGGAAAGAAUCUGCUCAAGGCAGCCUUCCUUUCACCAUGGCUCCAAGGGACACCUUCUUCCGCUCGUCGGAUAUGAGCUUGACCCAGCUCUAUAUCGCCAACGAAAUCGGACGAGAGGUUGUCAGUGCCCUGGGAGAGCUUGGUUCGGUUCAGUUCAGAGACCUCAAUCCCGACACCAAUGCCUUCCAGCGUACCUUUACGAAAGAGAUCCGUCGGCUGGAUAAUGUGGAAAGACAACUGCGUUAUUUCCAUGCUCAGAUGGACAAGGCAGCUAUCCCGAUGAGAUCUUCGGCCGAGUUUUCAGACACGUUGGCCGCUCCCUUAGCAUCCGAGAUCGACGAACUUGCGGAACGCAGCGAGAGCCUUGAACAGAGAAUCUCCUCGUUGAACGAUAGCUACGAAACACUGAAGAAACGUGAGGUCGAGCUUACGGAAUGGCGCUGGGUUUUGAGAGAGACCGGUGGCUUCUUUGACCGUGCCCACAGCCACACGGAGGAAAUUCGCCAGUCUUUUGACAACGACGAGGCUCCUCUUUUGCGUGACGUCGAGCAGCAACCUAGCCGAGGUGCGAACGGUGAUGCGCAGGGCCAGCAGUCGUUCCUUGAGAUGAACAUCGGCUUCGUGGCGGGUGUGAUUCCUCGGGACCGUAUCGGCGCUUUUGAACGAAUCCUUUGGCGGACGCUGCGUGGUAACCUGUACAUGAACCAGUCGGAGAUCCCUGAGCCCAUCGUCGACCCUACCAACAACGAAGAGACCCACAAGAAUUGUUUCGUGAUCUUCGCCCAUGGAAAGAACAUCAUUGCCAAAAUCAGAAAGAUUUCCGAGUCUCUCGGUGCCUCUCUGUACAGCGUGGAUGAGAACAGCGAGCUGAGGCGGGAUCAGGUUCACGAAGUGAACACGCGGCUUAGCGAUGUGGGCAACGUUCUGCGUAACACGAAGAACACUCUGGAUGCGGAACUCUCCCAGAUCGCUCGCUCUCUCGCAGCUUGGAUGAUCAUCGUGAGGAAGGAGAAGGCAGUCUACGAUACUCUCAAUCGGUUUUCUUACGACCAAGCGCGAAAGACUCUCAUUGCGGAGGCAUGGUGUCCGACCAGCUCGUUGCCGUUGAUCAAGUCUACCUUGCAAGAUGUCAAUGACCGUGCUGGAUUGAGCGUGCCUACUAUCGUCAACCAGAUUCGGACCAACAAGACUCCGCCUACCUAUGUCCGAACGAACAAAUUCACGGAAGCCUUCCAGACCAUUGUCAACGCCUACGGUAUCCCCAAGUACACCGAGGCCAAUCCCGGAUUGUACACGGUUGUGACCUUCCCUUUCAUGUUCGCAGUCAUGUUUGGUGAUUUCGGCCAUGGUACCCUGAUGACCCUGUGCGCUACCGCCAUGAUCUUCUGGGAGAGGAAGCUUCAGAAGACCAAGUUGGAUGAAUUGACGUACAUGGCUUUCUAUGGUCGCUACAUCAUGUUGAUGAUGGGUCUUUUCUCGAUGUACACUGGUAUUAUUUACAACGAUAUCUUCUCGAAGGCGUUUACCAUCUUCACCAGUCAGUGGCAGUGGCCCGACAACAUCGAGAAGGGGCAGGCCGUCGAAGCUACAUUGAAGGACGGUUACCGAUUUCCUAUUGGACUCGACUGGAACUGGCACGAAGCGGAGAACUCAUUGCUCUUCACGAACAGCAUGAAAAUGAAAAUGAGUAUCAUCCUGGGUUGGGCGCAUAUGACCUACGCCCUUUGUCUCCAGUACUCCAACGCUCGCCACUUCAAGUCAAAGGUCGACGUUAUCGGCAAUUUUAUCCCAAGCAUGCUCUUCUUCCAGUCCAUCUUCGGUUAUCUCGUCCUCACCAUUCUCUACAAAUGGUUUGUGGAUUGGGGGGCCAGGGGCCAGUCGCCUCCGGGUCUUCUGAACAUGCUGAUAUUCAUGUUCCUUUCUCCUGGAAGCGUUGAGGAGGAGCUCUACCCGCACCAGUCAACCGUCCAGGUCAUUCUAUUGCUUAUUGCCUUGGUCCAAGUUCCGGUUAUGCUUUUCUUCAAGCCGUUCUACCUCCGCUGGGAGCACAACCAGGCUCGUGGUCUUGGAUACCGAGGCCUGGGUGAGCCUUCAAGAGUCAGCGCGCUCGACGAUGGCGAGGCGGAUGGCCGGGCCCGUGACAGCAUGGCCAGCGAUGGCGAAGGUGUUGCUAUGAUUGCCCAGGACCUCGGCGACGAGGAACACGAAGAAUUUGACUUCUCGGAGAUCAUGAUCCACCAGGUCAUUCACACCAUCGAGUUCUGCCUGAACUGUAUCUCCCACACUGCCUCUUACCUGCGUCUGUGGGCCCUUUCUUUGGCCCAUCAGCAGCUUUCCAUCGUCUUGUGGAACAUGACCCUCGGCGGCGCCUUCGAGCAAGAAACCAACGCCAUGCGUGUCAUCAUGAUCGUCGUCACCUUCUACAUGUGGUUCACGUUGACCAUUGCCAUUCUCUGUGUCAUGGAAGGCACCAGUGCCAUGCUUCACUCUCUUCGUCUGCACUGGGUCGAAGCCAUGAGUAAGCAUUUCAUGGGUGACGGAAUCCCGUUCGCUCCGUUCAGCUUCAAGACCCUCCUAGAGGAGGAUCCCGUCGAUUGAUCUCGACGAGACUUUCCCUUCGUUUCUGUCCUCUCCUUUAUUUUUUGGAUUCCUCUGUAUUGUAACUUAUCAGAAACAAUCAAUUGGAUUUUAGACCCUUUAUUGUUGUCCCACCUUGGCUUGGCACCUUCUGUGGAUCAUCUAAGUCAAAAGUAAUCGUGCUCGUACACAAUUUUUAAGCAUAUUGAGCUGAGCUGGCGGUU